AUGACCGUAGCCAUCAACGACGCCGGCGCCCGGUUUCCAGACCCGGCCGCUUCGUUAAUGGGUGCAUAUAAGACUGACAACGGGUCAUAUGUUUGGGAUGAUGGCUCACCAAUGGAUUAUAUAGCAUGGGCUACCGGCGAGCCGAGCGACAACGGAAGUUGCGUCGCGAUGUAUUCCUACCGUGCCGGUAGCUUCGUCAGAGUUGUG